AAAUUCGGCAAACACUCCAACAUUUUGUCUGCGAACAUGUUAUCUAACGAAUGAUAGUGGGCAGUUGUAGGCAUUGUUUAAAUGCUAAAUGGUUACGGCAAACAUGGCGUGGUCAUUUAUUUGUUCUUCAUUUUUGUGGAUACUUAUCGACCAUAGAGGAAAUGUCGCGUCACAAAACUGUGGCGCAAAUCUUCAUGGUGAUUCCGGUUCGUUUUAUGCACCUUUCUACCCAAAUAAUUACAACAACAACGAAGAUUGCGUAUACAGAAUCGUCGUAGCUACAGGGCACAAAGUGUGCGUCAUUAUGAAUAAUUUUGAAUGUGAAGGGUGUUGUGACUAUUUAGAUUUACAUGAUGGCCAGACAACGUCCGCCGUAUUAAAGAGAUUCAUGAAUAGAUUGCCAAAUGAAAAUGAGCCCGUGUGUUCAUCCGGAAAUCAGCUGACGGCCGUUUGGCACACCGACUUCUCAGUUGUUAAUCGAGGAUUUUUUGCACAGUUAAUAUCUGUAGUGGAUCAAUGCAUGGGCACCCCAUCGAUUCCAAAUGGAAUAGUCUCUCAACAAAAUGUGACUGAAGUAUUUCACCUUACAUGCCUUCCGUGCGGCAACUGGACAUUUGCCGAAUGCAACCCAGUGGAUUGUAGAUUACCGCCGCAAAUUUCAAAUGGGCAUUUAGCGACUUAUUCGUCUACUCUGUACCCUUCUAUAAUCAAGCUGCAAUGUGACCCUGGUUACGUACUCAGAAACCAGGAUUUCAUGCAAUGUCAGAGCAACGGAUCAUGGUCUUUGGUUUUAUGUUCCUUAAUCGACUGCGGGCUGCCGCCAUCAUUAGCUAACGGUAUGGUGGCGCUCAGAAACAAUUUGACGACAUUCACGUCGCAAGCAGAAGUAUCAUGCAACCCUGGUUACUUUCUAAACGGUAGUUAUAGUAUCAUACAUCGCACUACACAGGGAAGAUGGACUCAGGAUUCGUUCAAGUGCCUACCUGUUGCCCUAUUUCAUUAGGAUCGAACGGUAUGGAAUUGUGGAAGAACCCUUCCAUUCUCAAGUGAUUACAUUGAAACUUUACAAGUUAUAUAUACGUACUCACCAUAAAGUGUACAUAAGCACGAUAGUUUAUGCACAAUUAUCCAGAAAUACUAGAGGUAUGUGCCAUUGAACUUAACAAUUUGCAUGUCAGUUAGCCGUCCAAAUAAAUUGUCAUAAGUUUAUUGAGAAAACAUUUUCAUAAACGUUACUCAAUUGAUUUAAAUGAACAUUGAAAUAUGUCACAACAAUGAAGUUUACUUGUGCGAGACGCAAGAAACAUGCAAAGUGGGGCAUACAUUCCGGGUAAAAUAUAUAUCAUUGCUUACAA